UUGGCGCUUCAAGGAAUAAUUAUUCCAUUGCGGGACCAUCAUCCAUCACCGUAAUCGGUACCGCUUACUCAUCGCGUGGUUAGUCCUCGGUAACGCAUGCAGACGACGAAUCCGUAGUCGUCGCGGGAUAUGAAUUCUCUUCACGAUCUAAUGCCGGAAGGAGGGUCGCGUCAUCUACUCCGAGAUCUAAUUGCAGAGACCACCUCAACAUUUCAUUGCGGUGUUCACCUCAUUCUUUAUUAAUUAACAUCGGGUAGAUCGAGAAUCUAAUUAAUCACUUGAAGUUACCCUUGCUGUUGCUUCUUUACGAUUGCUUCGGGAACGCGGUACCAUUUUUUGGAAAGUUGGUUAGUACUCUGAAAAUCGCUCUGCCUCUUCAAGGUGUUUGAGAGUCGACACGAGACUUGGGCAGGACUAGCUCGAUCCGCGCUAUUUUGUAGAUCUUUACGUGUUUCUUUACUUGAUUCGUGUUAAAAUUGUUGGGAAAGCGUUUAGUAUUGUCAUAUUGGCUAGACAUUUUCUCCCUUUUUUACUCGCUUCGCAGCCAUGUAAAAAUUGUUGGGAAACUGUUUAGUACCCUGAAGAAGGCGCCGUCUAGAGGAUUUACUCGCUUCGAAGCUAUGUUUAAAUUGUUGGGAAACCGUUUAGUACCCCGAAGAAGGCUCCGUCUCAAGGACUCUUCAGGAUAUUCAAAAGUCAAUGAAGCGAGCUUAUACAGGACUCGUUCGAUUCUCGCUAUUGUUCGGACAUUUUCUUCCUUUUUUCCUCGCAUCGCAGCCAUGUAAAAUUGUCGGGAAACUGUUUAGUACCCUGAAGAAGGUUCCAUCUCAAGGACUCUUCAGGGUAUUCAAAAGUCAAUGACGCGAGCUUAUACAGGACUCGCUCAGUUUGCCUAUUCUCUGGACAUUUUCUCCCCUUUUUCCUCGCAUCGCAGCCGUGUAAAAAUUGUUGGGAGACUAUUUAGUACCCUGGAAAAGGCCUGAAGGACUCCUCAGAAUAUUUAAAUCUCAACGACGCGAGCUUAUGCAGGACUCGCUCGGUUUGCGCUAUUCUCUAGACAUUCUCUCCCUUUUUUCCUCGCAUCGCAGCCAUGUAAAAAUUGUUGGGAAACUGUUUAGUACCCCGAAGAAGGUUCCAUCUCAAGGACUCUUCAGGAUAUUCGAAUGUCAAUAACGCGAUUUUAUACAGGAUUCGCUCGAUUCUCGCUAGUGCCUAGCCACUCUUCCCCUUUUUACUCACAUCGUAGACAUGUUGAAAUUGUUUGGAAACCGUUUAGUACCCUGAAGAAGGCGCCGGCUGAAGGAUUCUUCAAGAUGUUCGGGAUCCUAUGACACGAGUCUUAUGCAGCACUCGGCCGGUCCGCUCGAUUUGCGCGUAAUCGUACACGUCCGAGGUCUUACACAAUGGGAAUAUUUCCCUCGUAAAUGAGCUCUCAUUCCGUAUUCCCGAAGACCCGACUGUUUAAGGACUUUCACUGCGAUCCGCGCAAGACACGCGUGACGAGAAUCCCUCCGCGAGCAUUCGCGUGUCGCAGAUGAUCCAAUGUCGUUGACAAAUCCGCCCAUUAUGUCCGUCUGGUGCACAUUAAUUUCCUGCUCCGUAUCUCCUCCGCGUUUGCAUAUUAGAAAUUCCAUUAGAGCCGGGGAGAGAAAUUCUGCAGGAAGCGGAGCCACUAUCCUACUCCACGAGAAAUGGUAGCGGCGCGGUAAUGGAAUUUUCAUCUCCCUUCUUAGUUUCUGAUCUUCCAAUCAGCCACCUCGCAAGUACUUUGACUUUGAACCUUCCCCCGAGAUGGACGCGACUGUAUACGUAGCGUCCUUAUUUUUACAAAUUUUUUGAAUCGUUAAUACUAACCAGAGCGGACUCCGCAAGGACGACUUUGCCUUACAAAUGGAUUAGCCAUGAAUAUUCAAACGCAGAAGGUACUUUCAGCUUUCAUCGUGCGAAUUAUUUUUUCUAGGCCGGCGACGACCUCGCGUGCACCUGACGAAAAUCGGUGCACCUUCCUACCCGCCUCGAUAUCGGUAUCGAUAUGUGUAUCGAUACGUACGCCGAUCCGUAACAGUAUUGCUCAAGCUCGAUCGAAGAAAGCCGGCAAGAAAGUCUAUUGGAAUUCGUGGAUGGUCGCGACCCGACUGUAUUUAUACAUGUGCAAGUAUGGCCGUACUCUUAGUCGGCUGUCCAUCCUCGAAGAAAUUCGUUUUCGGAGCCCUGGACUUGAGGACACGAGGAUUAAUGUGAUAUCCAAACUCGGCUGGCAAGUUCCGAGACCUUCAGUGCUGUGCGAAGUGCCAGGACGGUGUUCCUCGUGUCCUGGGAAAAAUGAAGCUCUUCUGGGUGAUCUUUGGGCUGGUGGCGAGCGCCUCCGCCAUUAUGGCCGAUGAGGUGGACCAGAAGAAGCCGGAGAUCACGAAGCUCCAAGUCGCAGACCUGAGUGAAAUCGCGUCCGAAGUGUCCUCGGAGGGCUCCGAGGUGCAAAGGAAACGUGAUUCGGGUUAUGCCUACCCGAGGCCGAGCAGAUUCGGAGGUGGACGACUCGCCCUUGAUCGUUUCAGAGCGGGUCACUCCAGUCACAGAGGAAGACUAUCCACGAGACGACCAGGUCAGGUAAACCGGCCCUUCAACACGUACGGGCUGCCGAAUCAUCAGCAGGGUCAGGGUUCUUCAGGGAAGGUGCAACCAACCGGUUACCAUCACUCGUCCCAGCAGUUCCACCAAAGCCAGAGUCAGCAGCGACCAAACGGCGCCUUCUGGAAUCAGGACGUGCCCAGUCCAAUCAGGAACCUGGACUUCGUGGAGGCCAGUCCAAUAGCGAGCCAGAACACCCAGCCAUUCGGCAUCAAUAGCGCCAAUUACCUUCCACCGGGGAACCAGAAACCGCCGACAUACACACCGACGGGCACUUUCUCGGCGCAGCAGCCCGGAUUCCAUAAUCUCCAAGGUCAGGUCCAAGAUGCCAGCUUGGAAAGUCAAGGUCAGGGUCUGAGCGCGGAUCAGCAGAUAUCGGACGCGGCUCUCUUCCUGGCGGAGAACGCACAAGCCAUUUCGCAACUGUACGGAGCACCAGCGACCGAUGAGAGCUUCGCGCCGAAUUACGAGUUCCGGGAGCCGCAGGACCAGUUUCAGGACUUCAAGGCCAGCGACCAGUCUCGGGGGUUUCCAGCUCCCCUGCCCUCCUACGCUUCCGGGACCCUGAGCAAUCAGGAGCUUCUGGAGCAGAUCAAGUCCAUGGAGAAGGAUAGGCUGAUCUCGCAGCUGCAGCAGGCGCUGGUCACCCAGAACACCCUCGAUCAGGGCCUGGCGAGGUACGCGCAGAGCUUCUCCCAGGGUCAGCUUUUGGAGCAGUAUCCACCGCUGGAUAGGCCUUCCAAGUUGCCCAACCAAGGUAGUCUGGGUCAGUCUCCGGGGGUCGUGAAUUCAGGGAACGCGGGAUUUGGGCAGGUUCCUUUUUCUCCGGGGACCACGCUGUCUCCAGGAUUCACCGUGACCUAUGGUCCUGGGACAACGACGCAGCCUCCGAUCACAACGACCACGACGACCAGCACGAGUUCGCCCCCUGCGAGUGGGGCCUCCCCUUCGGCUGGCAGUGAUGGAUCCACCCAGACGGGAUCUUCUCUUCCAGCCCCUGGAACCCACUAUUUCCCCCAAUAUGGCGGAUUCGUGCCGACCAUCCUGACCGGCACCGGUCUGGUGCCCAGCCAGAUACCGAAUUACGGAAUCCUGGGCACGAUUCCUGGAUCCCCUUCGAUUUCCGCAGGAUCCUCACCGACGCACUUCAAUCUGCCGAUUCCCCUUGACCCUGGACACAAAGUGACCACUCCUGCUUCCUUUUCGCCUCCAGUUCAAUCUCCCGGUCAGUCCGGAAGUCACCCAGGAAGUGGAUCCCCCUCCACGCCAAACCCUCCAGCCUCCAUCCCCGUCCAACCUGUGCAUCCAAUUAGGCCAAUCUCCCCUGCGUUACAUCCAUUGUUCCCAGCUGCUGGUCCCACCAUCCCUCAAUUCCAUCCUCCUCAAACUCCCGUUGCACCUGUCCCGGCUCAUCCAACUUAUGGGCUCCAACCUGCGGUCUUCAAUCCGCUACUCUACAAACCAGUCAAGCCUAUUUAUCCCGUCUUGUACUAUCCAAACGCCUUCCAACUGCAGAAACCUACCUUGCCGGUGCAUCCUUGGAGCUACGCUCCGUCUUUCAUCCAGGCCAAGCCAGCCCAGAUUUGGAAGUGACCUGAUCUUCUUCUCUAAACUGCCCCUAAUUUUAAGAUUCCUCCCUGUCGCACUUCCCUCGCUUAUCGGGGGCUUGUAAAUACACGUUAUUGUAUUUAUUAUAUAUAUUUUUUUUUAUACGAAGAA